AUGAUGAUGUACUCAAUCAAAACCUACGUGCCCUGCCUCUACCGCUCGACGCUGGCAAUUAACGUUAAGACUGCUACCAACGAAUCUCGAGGGUAUUCCGACUCUGAUGGCGACUCGGAGUUUUCCUACCCCGAAUUCAAGCUGGUGGCGUGCCCUCCCAAUAGCCCCGACUUGCCGUGCGCUGACGAAGACUACGAAUUGCCAGACUUCUCCGAGGACGACGAUUGCGACAACUGGUCGCUCUGA